AAUAAGGCUUUAAAAUGUAAACAUUGCAAACAUUGUGAUUGUCACUAUGAUCAGUGAUCAUAAUUGUGUAAUUUCAUAGUAAUUUCUUUAAUAACUACUCUUCUUUUACGUGUUAUCUUAAAGUUUUAUAGUUUUUUUAUUAUUACUGUAAAGAAUUCGUGAAACCUACAAAACAACGAAAUAUUUACCGAUUAAAACUAUAAUUUAUAAAUAAAAUGAAGAAAAUAGGUUAUGUAGAACCUAUAUUAUGUGCAUACUUUUUUAACAUCGGUAUGGAUAUGUUCACAAGCAAACAGUUAAUUUUUAAAAAAGUAUGCUUAAAGCGUUUUAACAAUACUUACUGCGAUGUAAUUUCGCAGUCUUCGAACAAUAGUUUUAAACACGAUAUUAAUUCUCUACACAAUGAAACUGCUGAAUGGGAUUUAUACUUAAACAUUGCAAGAACAUUACCUGCAGUUUUUGUAACAGUAUUUUUAGGUACUUGGUCGGAUAAAGUUGGUAGAAAAAUGGUUAUUAUAUUACCGGUUUUGGGAGAUAUGGCCGGAUUUUUAUUUUUUUUAAUAAGUUCCAUAUACUUAGAGUUGUCUUUAAAUUACCUCAUUAUUGCUUGUCUGAUUUCUGGAUUUUUUGGAAAUUUUACUGCUAUGUUGCAAGCAACGUGUGCUUAUGUUGCAGAUGUAAGUUUAGUUACAGAAAGAACAACUAGAAUAGCUUUUCUAGAGUUUAUGAAUCAUUUUGGAAGGAUAAUAAGUCCAGCAAUAGCAGGUGUUUUGAUACAAAAAAAAGGUUUUACAGCUGUUUACGCUACUUUAGUUUUAAUCUCUUUGUUUCAACUUAUUUAUUGGUUUUUUUUGAAAGAAUCUCGCCAAUUUGAUGUUUGUAUUGUUGAUAAUAAAUUCAAGGAGUUGGUUAAAUUUCAAAGGAUUAAAGAUGCUUUAAAUGUUUUUUUCAAAAAACGAGAUAAAAGCCACAGAGUAUUAUUUUAUUUGCUAGUUGGUGCUUUUAUACUUGAUUUGUUUGUAUUGAUGGGUAUCUUAUCUAUACUAGUGUUAUAUUUUUUACAUUAUCCUCUCAAUUUAUCUUCCUCACAAAUUGGAUAUUUUUUUAUGGAAAUGAAUGCAGCUAGAGCUUUGGGAGUUCUUGUUAUGAAUACUAUAUUAAUCAAGUAUUUUCGAUGGCGUGAUUUCUCAUUUAUUAUUCUUUGUGGAAUUUCAUAUGUUGGAUUUUCAUUAUUUAUUGCAUUAUCAUCAAAGAUUUGGCAUACUUUUGCUGCUGGUGCGUUAGCUGUUUUCACUAGCGUUGGUAUGCCUGCAACAAGAUCUGCUUUAUCUAAAAUCACAAAUUCAGAGGAACAAGGUUGCAUGUUUUCUAUGUUCUCUUGUUUGGAAGUGUUAGUGGUUUUGGCUGCAGGAACAAUGUAUAAUACAGUUUAUGAACAUACUGUAGAUGUCCUUCCAAAUCUCAUUUUCUAUAUAAUGGUGGGACUAGCAGCUGUACUCACUGGGAUAGGAAUAACUCUUAUUGGCACUGACGCUUCAGACAAGUACGAUACAUUAAUUCCAGAUUUUUUUGUUGAGAGUCAUAACAGUCAAAAGUGAAAGUUUUUACUUUGUUUUUAUGUAUUGUAAAAAAAUUUUCUAUAUUUAAUUUUUACAAAUUUUUAUA